AUGGCUUCCAAAACACUCAAACUCGCAGCAGUGCAAGCGUCACCAGUCUUCAUGGACCUCACAGGUUCCACUAAGAAAGCUUGCGACUUGAUCCGACAGGCUGGCGCGGAGGGUGCCGAUGUCAUUGGAUUCCCCGAGUCAUUCAUCCCCGGCUACCCUGGCUGGAACCCAUUUCUGAGCGACCAUAACCCACUCAAGACCGAGCUUUAUCUCAGAAUGUUCAAUAAUUCCAUGGUGGUGCCUGGGCCGGAAGUGGAAGCGUUGCAGGCUGCCUGCAAAGAGGGCAAUAUCAAUGCUGUUGUAGGCCUUACCGAACGCCAUGCCCACUCAAACGCGACACUGUACAAUACCCAACUGUUCAUCGGCCGCGACGGAACCCUUCUUCAAAAGCACCAGAAAUUGGUAGCUACGGUUGGAGAGCGGCUGAUUCACGCACCCGGUACUACGGGAACCGCUACGGCUGCACAGACGGAUUUCGGUGGACUGAGCGGGCUUAUCUGUGGGGAGAAUAUGAAUCCGCUCGCGCAAUGGUCUUCCUCACUUAGCUAUCCCGUUGUGCAUGUGGCGUCCUGGCCUGCAUUCAUGACUAUUGGCUACGAGCUGGAUAAUAUCAUCAAUGCCGCAGGGGGCGCGCUUUCGUUCUCUAUAGGUUCUUUCUUGAUUGCCUCCGUCGCCAUUGUGGGCGACGACGAGAUUGAGGCAUACGGUCAGGAACCCGAGCUCCGAGCCUGGCUCAAGGGCGAGCAGAAGAGACACAGGGCUAGGAUCUUUGGCCCUGGAGCACAAUUGCUUGCACAGGGGUCUGACGAUGUUGAUGAGGAGCUUGUGUAUGCCACUGUUGACCCUGAGCAUCUCAAGGCAUUCAAGCAGAUCUUUGAUUGGGCGGGUCAUUAUCAACGACCUGAGCUCUUUGCGCCUUUGUUCAAGAAACACAUUGAUUACAUGAACGGGGAAAGAAAGGGGACGUCUUGA